AUGUCGGUACAAACAAAAUCUGAUCUUUCCAACUUGGCUGAAGCCCUUACUUGCCUUCUAAGAGUCUCCACGGGCAAGGAGUUACAGCACCUGGUCAACGAGCAUCCGUUCCUGGAUGAACUUACAGCUGCAAGCUCAAGCGAGCGCGGUUCCGAAAUGAAACACCUAAAGGGAGCUCUGACGGAAUUCUUGACCAACGGAAAUGUUUUCUUAAAGGCUGUCGAGCAAUUUCUUUUAGCACACCGAUAUCAGAAUCUCGCUGCAUACAUGGCUACCGACUCAACUCUGGGUUCAUAUUUCCUCAGGCUGCUAGACGCCGCCUUGAAGAAAUAUAAAAGCAAGACGUGCUUGGAAGAUUCGGGAGAUCAACGCUAUCCAGCAGUCGACUUUGGCAGUAUCCUGAAUCAGGUUCAGGGAUUGCAAUUGGACCAAGAUCUACUGCACGAGAUUCAAGAUGUAGUGGUAAAGAGAAGUGAGAUGAGGACGCCUGCAUCUAGGAUUACUUGGUCUGCCAUUGUCCAUAGCCAUGGUCCAAUUCAUUUCAAGGACAGUGAGGUCCAAGAUAUGCUUAAAACUAUUGAGCCGAAGACCCCUCGGAUUUCUGAGCAGCUUUUUAAGAGACUUGUUGGUAAAAAAAAUGAAAUUCACCGAGAUGUUAUUGAAUCAAUGACUGCGGGAUUCGUAUUUGUCGACCAUGGUUAUUUUCGUGUCUGGAACCAAAUUGGAGAGAAUUUGCGUCAGCUUUGCUACUUGACCGGCGCCAACAUUGCAUCUUCGACAACCGACACGCCAUGGAUCAUACCAGCCUUGCGCGCGGCUGUCGACUCACGGACAGGGACGCUCGCAAUUACUCAAGGGAUUAUCCAGCAGCAGAGUAUCGAAAUACAUAACCAACAGCAAGUCAUUACGUCUCUGAUAUUUCGGAGUCUCAUGGAGCAGAUUCCGCCGGCCGGAAUGGACAAGAAGAGUGCGACUAGCAGGUGGCAGGGCUUCUGGGACAAGGCAGUCAAAGUCGCCGAGGCCAAGGAUGACGAGCGCAAUCCUGAGCAUCCUCUCCGCGGCAUUCUGACGCCUCAGCUUAAGAACCGCGGUCGUGAGAUGUACGGGACACUGAGCUUCGGUAUUCACAACUAUAGAGACUGCGCGUUCUUUGUUGAUUCAACCACCUUUACGGCACUUGAUUCCAAGAUACUCAAAGCCCUCACUCCAGCUGGGACCAGCAUCAACGAAGACGGAACAGUAGACUGGGUUGCUGAGCGCAAGAGAUAUGGAGUUGAGUAG